UGACUGUCGCUCGCUGCUGUUCCUGUUUCAUUAAAAUCUGCUGUCAGGCGAUCAGCUGUCUGCUUGUGAAGUGUGUCAGGAAGGAGAAUAAACACUGUUGUAUUUUUGUCUUAUGAUUUGAUUUCGUCAAUUUUUACGUCUUGGUUUAUGUUUUGAACAAUCAAUUAUCUUGAAUGACAGUAAACUGUAUAAUAUUUAUGUGCGCGUAAAAAUAAUUAUUCAUUGUUUUAUGCCGUUUAACUAGACUGUAAGGGACAUUCACUAUGGGAGGUGCGGUCAGUACUGGUUUGGACAACGAUGACUUGAUUGACAAUCUGAUGCAAGCACAUUACAUCAAGACACCGGAGAUUGAGAGGGUGUUUCGUGCAGUGGACCGUGCUGCAUACUUCCUGCCCGAUUUUCAGAUGAAUGCGUACAAGGACCUGGCGUGGAAGAGUGGGAACAUUCACAUCUCGGCACCGUGUAUAUACAGUGUCGUGAUGGAGAACCUGCAGUUGUCUCCUGGUCUCAGCUUCCUCAAUGUCGGGUCUGGCACCGGAUACCUGAGCACCAUGGUCGGGCUCAUGCUAGGUCCGUAUGGAGUUAACCACGGUGUUGAGAUGCACGCAGAUGUCAUUAAGUAUGCGUAUGACAAGCUUCAUGAGUUUAAGAAAAACUCACCUGCCUUGGAUUGUUUUGAAUUCUGUGACCCUAUUUUUAUCAAAGGUAAUGGACUCUGCCUGCCCAGUGACAUGCGUCAGUACGAUAGAGUCUACUGCGGAGCUGCGUGUCCAGAUAAUCAUGAGAACUACAUGAGGAAUUUGAUCAAAGUCGGAGGUGUACUCGUGAUGCCUCACAAUGACCAGCUGCUGCAGAUCACCCGGGUCACACAGACCCAGUGGGAACACAAGAGUGUUCUGCCAGUAUCCUUCUCCACUCUGCAGAUACCUACUUCCUUGGACACCAAGUCCAACCUUGCACUACCGGAUACUGAGCCAAUCUCGCUGCAAGCGGUGUGUCGCAGCUGUAUACGGCGCACCCUGCGAAGUAACGCAGAACGUGAGUUCCCAGAACUGACCAAGCCCAGAGCCCGGCGCACCUACCACCGCAAGAAACGGGCCAUCCGCAAUCUGGUUAUACCCUUUCUGGAAUCAUCUGAUGACGAGGAUUCGGCCCUCCACAGUCCCGGCCUACUCAUUGGUGGACAGGGACGCAUCACCGCAGUCUUCAACGUCGGCAGAAGCUGGCCAGGUCGGCGGCGGAUAGUUGUGAGAGGCAACAUUCCUUCUGUGAGGGCCGAGUCGCACGACGACAACCCGUCGGCAGUGUCAGGGCACAAUCAAGAGGAAAUAAGGGAUGCAGAAGAAAUAGUAAAAGCGUCUGAUAAUGGCGAGGCUUCUACAAUAAAGAAACGUAAUGUGAACGUACCGAAACGAGAAAAAUUCGACAGCGGCGUCGUCGAAGACUUGGACAACGGAAAGGGACUCACCUCUUCGGACGAGGAGACUGAAACUAACGCCAAUUGUCUGAUGUCGUCGGACGACAAGAACAUGGAAGUAGAUACCGACUCUGAUUUCGUGGAAGCGAGUGAUGACGAAGGUGUUGAAGAAGAUUUGUCCCCGUUGCCGAAGAAAGGCUCCGGAGUCAGCUCAAAGCGUGAGAAGGAAGAACCGGAAUACACGUACAGUUCUGUGAUGCAAGCUAAGAUUAAAUCACUCCCGUUACCUCCUGUACUGAAAUCUUACCUGAAUCUGUACAGGGAUUUCUAAUUCUGUUUUUUCCUGAGUUACUAUAACUAUAGAUUAUAUUAUAAGUUAUUUUGUUAAGAGUUCUAUGUUUGAUAAUUAUUGCAUAGUAUUAUAUUUUAAGAUCAUGUUCUAACAGACUAUUGAUUUUGGUAUAUUAAACCUACUUAAUUAAUUGUACACAUACAGUGCACUCGGAUCUAGAGAAGAAUUAUUUUCAAGAGUGUUUUUGUAACUUACUUUGUUGUUCAAGAGCUGACAAUUUUUAAUACUUUCUUUUUAAUAUUGUAAGUUACCAUCUUCAGGUUAUAACUUCUAAAUACUCCAUUAAUGGAAAUGGUUUUUAAUUUCAGGUAUUGUGAAUAUUAUUUUAUUUUAUAAGUUUUUUUAACAUACCGUAACAGUUGGAAUAUAAUAUAUAAACCACAGUCUAGAAAAAUUGUAAUAACUCUUUGGAACGUUUUAAUGCUAUUUGACAAGUUGAACUCAGUUUUAAUAGGAUCGUGGACUGAAGCACUAGACGUCUACAUCUGAACCAGUUACAAGUCACUGGACACAAAAUUUAACAAACUCAUAAUUUUAUAUCAGCUUUAAAUUUUAUCUGAAAAGCCGUUGAAACAAAAAAUAUUUUACUGUGGUAUAACAUUACUUAUGUGCUGGUGCAAGGGACGUUUAUUAUCUGGGAUCGUUAAAAAUCAACAUUCAUGAAACUAAUUACAAAUAUUUACAUGUGAAUAGUAAAUCUGUAUGGAUGUUUACUGAAAAGAAUUGUUAAGAUUUCUGUGUGAUUUUGUAUUUUUCAUUGUUACCCUCACUCACUUUAUAAUACAAUUCAUAGCAGUUAAAAUGGUACAACAUGUAUUCAAUGGAGUUACAUCAACUGUUUUAUUUGAAAUUAAUGAGUCUGUUGUAAAACUUAUAUCCAAAUAAUAAUUUAGGAUAUUUAUUUUGAAAAUGCAUCAUAAUUGUUUAAUUUUGUAUAUUGCAUUUCAAAGGAAUUUGUUAUUUGUACGAAUUAAGAUCAGGUCAACUACAAAACAACCAGAUGAUUUUAAGCUUUAAUACUGUAUAAAUUGUGUAUUUUUUUAACCUGAAACUACUUCCUAACUACAGUCCUUAGCACACUGCUAUGUCUAAUUCAUUACUGGUGGGAGAAUCCAGCUGACACAGUGGCCUAGCUGCUAGCUGAGGCCUAGUCUGGAUUCAACUUUGUAUGUAUAGGGAGUGAUAAUGUUGGCCAUCAUAGUGUGAUAUAUUUUAUAUGUAUUAGUCGACACAUAUGUGGAUUUUAUAGAUAAUAUUUAUGUACCCGGGCCAUAUUGUAUAUAAUUAGUGCCUUUUGUAUUAGUUAUAGUCACGAUAUAUUUGUACUUUGUUCAGCAUUGUCCCAACAAAUAGUAGUGUGUUAUUUUGCAUUUUAAAGCGUAUUAAAGAAUAUCAUACAAUUUUAUUUGAUUAUUGCAUUUAGUUCAGCUAGGAAUGUUCCCUCGCCAUGUUCUUGUUACGGAGUAUAUAUCUAUUUGUUACUUGUCUGACUGAAUAAAUACUUAAAAAUUA